CUGUCAAUCAAAGAAAGCUCGCAAACACAAAGAUGGCGGCCAAACUUCAACUUCCAUUCUUAAUUAAUGUCUCCCUCUUCUGCUUCAUCAGUCUCUCACUCUCCGUCCACCAAGGCCAAGGCCUCUCAGAAAUUCACGACCUCCUUCCCCAAUACGGCUUCCCCGUCGGACUUCUCCCCGACGGCGUUGAAUCCUACACACUCUCCCCUUCCGACGGUACCUUCACCGUCCGCUUCACCACCCCUUGCGACGUCCGAUUCGCCGGCUACCUCGUCCAUUACGACAAAGAAAUCGGAGGCAAGCUCAGCAAAGGCGCCGUCCGCGAUGUAUCGGGAAUCACCACCAAGCAGGCCUUCUUCUGGCUCUCCCUCAGUGCGAUUGAGGUCAGCGGCGAUGGCGACAUCGAGUUCUUCGUCGGACCAUUUUCGAAGAAGCUUCCGGUGAAGGCAUUCGAGAAGAUUCCUCAAUGUCAAAAAAAGCAAGGCGUCGGCUCUCUGGACUGGAGGCCGCUCUUGGGAUCGAUUUGAGGUUUGUUUAGUGUAUAUAUAUGAGACAUUAUAUUAUAUUAUAUAUUGGGGAUCUCGUGGCCUUUCUUAUUUAUUCUGCAUCGCAAACCCUCUAUUGAACAAUGUAGCUCGCUCGCUCGCUCGCAUCGGUUUGUUUGGAAUGGAAUGGAUCUUAUUCUUAUGUGCACAUGUAGUGUUCAGAAUCGAAACCAAUCUGUUAAGAGUAUAAACAAGGAAAAAACAA